AUGGGCCCUGCGAUACCUCCGGAGAACAGCCUGCCGUCCAGUGCGCUGGAGCCUGUCGCGCCUCCCAAAGUGCGGCUCCAGUGUAAAUUCUAUCUGCAACAAAAGCGCAGGCGCUGUGCGAUGACUAGAAAACGUGAUUCCGAAUACUGUUCAGAACAUCUGAAUCUUCUGAAGCAGGGCUCGGAUUCCGUGAAAGGGCGCCGCAUCGCGUGUCCCAUAGAUCCCAGGCAUUCUGUCUGGGAGAAGGACGUUGCUCGCCAUAGCCGAAAAUGCGACACUGUGAAGAAAAACGCACAACCCGUCGACUGCGCUUGGUUCAAGCUGAAUUACAACUGGGUCUCCCCGGUCCCAGGAGUCUCUACCGAACCCGUCGAAAACCCAACACUGCUACGGGCUAUCCCGAUACUGAACCGGUGUUACGAGUCGAAUUUUGGAAAUUCCUCACUCCCACUAGUCGUCAAAUCCAACACAACACUGGAGUCGCAUCGCUUUCCGCAACUGCUAGGUUCCAAAAAACACGCCCUGCAACAGUCCUCCCUGAUCCAGCAUCUGCUGGAGAAUUCCAUGUUCCCCAAUGAGGCCAAAGACAACAUCACGUAUAUCGAGUUUGGAUGUGGCCGCGCUGAGUUUUCUCGUUAUGUGAAUCGCAGUGUAUUUGACCACCAGAAUAAAGCCAACGUUGAGACUCUCAAACAGACUGGUUUUCUAUUAAUCGACCGUGCAUCCAACAGAAUGAAGUUUGAUUCCAAAUUCAAAGACGAUAUAGACGAGCUCUGCAGGGGCGGCGAUAUUCCUUUGCAAAAUAGAACAAUCCCGGUUUUAGACCGCAAAAAAAUUGACAUCAAGGAUCUCUAUAUCGACAAUCUUUUACAGCAAUCAAAUUCUGGCUGUGUGGCCAUCUCCAAACAUCUGUGUGGCGUGGCAACAGACUUGACCAUUAGAUGCUGUCUCAACAGUGAGUCACUACACCAGAAAGACCAAAGACUCGAGGGAAUGGUAAUCGCCAUGUGCUGCAGGCACGUUUGUGAUGCUCAACAGUACGUGAAUCAACCUUAUAUCGAAAAUCUGAUACAAGACUCUGACAUUUCAUACUCGGAUUUUUUCAACUCUCUGAAAAAGAUUGCAUCCUGGGCCGUGUGCGGCAGGAAAUGUGAUGUGCUGGACUCUGACGUUAAUAAUCAUUUCUCCAACUUGCCCGUUGUCGAGCGGGAAAAGCUUGGUGAGAAGGCAAGGCGGAUUAUAGAUGAAGGUCGGGCUGAGUAUUUGAGGAAUCAUGGUUACAAAGUCAAAUUGGUGAGAUACAUAGAACCUUCAGUGUCAUUAGAAAAUGUAGCGAUGAUUGUAAAUAAACUUUGA